ACUCGUCAUCGUUUCCCCUCCGAAGGUCAGUCUGUGGACCAGUGCCCUGCCAUGAUGACAUUUGGUGACCGACUACCGUUGAUUGGCCAUAGAAUUGCUGGAUGAGCCAAUAGAGGGCUGGACGACCUAGGAACUUUAAUUAUUAACCACCGAAUCGCGCAUUCACACCUUGCACUCAAAACAGAACGCGAUCAACGGACCUUGAGAUGCACGCCUCGUUUUACGACCCUUGACAGUUGGCAGUUGGCGUGUGCAUCCAUUUAUGAUAGGCGCACGUGUGGACUGUCGAUUUUGAAAGGACGACGAUGUACGUCAAAGUUCGUAAAUCCGUGCGCCUGAUCAUCCCCUAAAUCGUCCAUUACCUUCGAACAUCCACUCGAUAACACCCAGAGGGACCGAGGAGAGGCUCGCCAACAAACGGACAGGAGAAACAACGAUUACAAAAGAGAAAAAGGAAGAGGAAGGAAAAAUAGGUAUAUACCAAAAGGAAGCCGCCAACUAGUCGGUUGCACGAGGAAGAAGCUCCGAUUAGUCGACGCGAUUAUCAUUGUCGAAUAUAUGAAUAGAGAAAACAAGUCAAUAAGGAAAGAGAUCGAAUUAGGAAAGGAGGUAAUCAAGUGGAUUAACGUAAAGUGAUAAAGACGAAGGAAAAAGAAGAUCGGAUUGAAGCGGCUUAAGAAUACGGAAAGGAAAAAAUUAGGCGACGUCUGACUUGGGGUGGUUGAAGCGUACUUCAGUUUUCAUUGCCAUUCCUUUGGGUCGUCGUGCCAUUAUGUCAACUUUCGUUUCUUUAACGUGGCCAGCGGAUAUCCCCGGCUACGCGAUGUUCGCAACGCGCGAUCCGUCCAAAAAUUCCUAUUGAUCGUUCGAUAACCUCAAACUCUGAAACGAAUCUCGUUGCCAAACGACUAAAGCUGAAGCUACGUACUUCGGACGAACGGAGGGACGGCAGUCGGUCUCUCAACUCUCGGGUUCGUCGGUAAAAGUCUUCGAAAGUAUUAAUUAGGCACGAAUAACGGCUGCUGCACCGAUUCCAUAAAGAAAGAAAGGAGAAAAAAAGAAAACUUCAUCUCUCAAUCAGUGCUCGAUAUACUUGACAUUUUAACCAGCCCCCGCACUCCAUAGUGAUCAGAUUUACUCGAUACGUGGAGCGACUUCCUCGCCGAAGAACCACCGACCUUCAAAUACAAAAAGGUACAGAGAUCCUUCGAAAUACGACCGAGAUAUUCGCUUACGACUCAUAACCUCAUUUUGCCUGACUAAUUCCAUUCUUCCGCUGUUUCCGGAUUAUUUUUAUUUCAUUUUUUUUUUUCAACGUUUAUUUCUGACCUCCUGUUAUUUGUGCCGGUUAUCUCGGUUCGGCCUUACUACUACGAAAAUUUAGUGAAAGAAGAAAGUGAUUUCUAUCCUAAGUUUACCAAAGUGAUAAUAACAAAUUAGUGCACAUCGAUGAUAAUUGUUACUUGUCGUGGGACAAGAGGUGUUGUGAAAUAGAAAAAGAUACGAGGUGUCCAACUCAACUAAUUUAAAAAUGAUCGUCACCAGUCUUUGGUUGAGUAAAAGUGUCCUCCAGGUGUACUCGCAAGCGGAGAAAUCAGCCAGUGUUGUGAUAUAGGGUCGUACCUUUGGAUAUUGGUGGUGUAACCCGGUGCCAGAUUUGCAGAUGGAUAAACAGGGAUGACUGAUAACUGCUGGAACUCUGGUGGUGGCGCUGGAGUCAAGAUGGAGCACUUUCAAGCUGCCCUGGACCCCAGGAAGCAGGAAUUGCUGGAGGCUCGUUUCCUCGGAGCAAGGGGUGGUCCGAACAACAACGCGCCUGCUAAAAAUGCUGUUAACAGCACGCAAUCAUCGUCCGCGGUUGCGAAUCCUGGCAGGUGCGGACAGCCCACUGCCCUGGGAAUAGAUUGGACACGACGCGACAAUGCCCCUGCUCGUGACCACAGGAACUCGUCCUCUUCCACGAGUCAAGUCCAGGGUCAGCUUUCUCAGAUGUCUGCUGGAUCACAAAUUCAGAUGGCACCCCAAUCAACUGUAAACUCUGGUCAGUCGGUACAUAGUCAAGACUCGAAUAUGAGCACCGGCUCGUCGCAUAGUGACAAGGAGGUGGACCCAAACACGCCUGAGAAGGUGCCGAGGACUCCUUCGGAAAGGAAAAGAAAGCGCAAGGUAGAUGACGGGGUCGGGGGGGUGCCAGGGGGACCUGUGGGGGGCAAGGGGGCUCGAUCGGCCGCUGCCAUGGAAAACAAGAAGAUCAACGAGUACUUUGUCAAGCACCAUCCAGGCAAUAGCCCCAUUCGAUUAGCUGGAGCUAAGAGCCCCUCCCCCCAACAAGGAUACCCCAUGUACCCACCAUCGCCACAGCAAUUGUUGUCACCACAAGUAACGACACCAAAUUCUUCGGUGGCGGAAUUUUCUUCGUUGAUGCAGCCACCGCGACCCCAUCCACAGCCUCCACCUCCCCCUCCACCGGCCUCUACACAGCCUGCGAGCUCGAUGGUCAGCAAGCAGGUGCAGGUAAGGCCUACCAACCUCCCUAGGACAAGCCAGGUCAGGCAAGCGAAGACUAACACCCCAAAUACGGAGCUUACUUGCCAGAGGAUACAAGAAUUUGAAACACAAGCCUCUUCAGAUUUGGAACUACGUAAUAAUAAAAUUGACGAAUUGAACCGAACAACAGAGGAGCUUAGGCAUCAAAUGGCUAAUCAGCAAAAGGUGAUCGAGCAGCACAAAUCACAUAUAAAUAAGUGUAUAGACGUUGUAAAGAAGUUAUUAAAAGAAAAAUCAAACAUAGAAAAAAAGGAAGCUAGACAAAAGUGCAUGCAAAAUAGACUGAGGCUGGGUCAGUUUGUGACUCAGAGGGUAGGAGCUACUUUUCAAGAAAAUUGGACCGACGGAUACGCGUUCCAAGAAUUGGCGCGGCGGCAGGAAGAAAUAACGACGGAACGAGAAGAAAUUGAUAGACAGAAAAAAUUACUUCUCAAAAAAAGGCCGUCUAAUAGUGAGACGGGUCGAAAACGUAGCCAACCUCAACCGUCAUUGCAUAAUGGUACCGAAGCUACUUUUCUCAAACCUGACGCAGUUCCGGGUUCUUAUACAUGGCAGGAAUACUACGAAGCUGAUGAAAUACUAAAGUUGAGACAAAGCGCGUUGAAGAAAGAAGAUGCAGAUCUGCAACUUGAAAUGGAAAAACUUGAGAGGGAACGCAACUUACACAUUAGAGAACUGAAACGUAUACACAACGAGGACCAAUCACGCUUCAACUCUCAUCCUGUGCUCAACGAGCGAUACCUUUUACUCAUGCUCUUAGGAAAGGGAGGUUUCAGCGAAGUGCAUAAGGCAUUUGAUCUAAAAGAACAACGCUAUGUAGCCUGCAAGGUACAUCAACUUAAUAAAGACUGGAAAGAAGAUAAAAAAGCCAAUUAUAUCAAGCACGCACUACGGGAAUAUAAUAUUCACAAGUCGCUAGAUCAUCCCAGAGUUGUAAAACUAUACGAUGUCUUUGAAAUUGACGCUAAUUCGUUCUGUACAGUUUUGGAGUAUUGCGAUGGUCACGAUUUAGAUUUCUACCUCAAACAGCAUAAAACUAUACCGGAGAGGGAAGCGAGAUCAAUCGUGAUGCAGGUCGUAUCUGCUCUCAAGUAUCUUAACGAAAUAAAACCACCCGUCAUUCACUACGAUUUGAAACCAGGUAAUAUUUUGUUAACCGAAGGAAAUGUCUGUGGUGAAAUUAAAAUCACAGAUUUUGGAUUAAGUAAAGUUAUGGACGAAGAAAAUUACAAUCCAGAUCAUGGAAUGGAUCUAACUUCACAAGGAGCUGGUACCUACUGGUACCUCCCACCGGAGUGUUUCGUUGUUGGGAAAAAUCCACCAAAAAUAUCAUCGAAGGUUGAUGUCUGGAGUGUUGGCGUUAUAUUCUAUCAAUGUCUCUAUGGCAAAAAGCCAUUUGGUCAUAAUCAGUCGCAGGCAACAAUCUUAGAGGAAAAUACAAUACUAAAGGCAACAGAGGUUCAGUUCGCCAACAAACCAACAGUGAGCAACGAAGCUAAGAGCUUUAUUCGAAGCUGUUUAGCGUAUAGGAAAGAGGAGCGUAUAGACGUGCUGACGUUGGCCCGACACGAAUACCUACAGCCUCCGGUGCCAAAGCAUAACCGUCAGGCUAACAGCCAGCAGCAGCAGCAACAACAGCAGCAACAAAUCCAGCAGCAGCAACAGCAAACGUCGUUUACCACUGGAAUGUUCAGUGGUAUGAAUGCGUCUAGCAGUUCGUAGUGGGAAUAGACUUGAAACGAUACCUCGGGUAUAAUCAAUACAUGCCAAAUCCUAAAUGACGAACUGCACGAGACCGCUUCACCUGGAUACGAUAGCGUCGUUCCCUGUAAAGGUAAAUUGUGUAAAUAUUGAGAAACUGCUGUACCGUUUUAGCAACCUACCUGGAUGAAGAAGAAUCUAGGAGGAAGUAGUUGCCAAAAUAUCGUGCUGCGGUCGUUGCGAGUCUAGGAGCUUGAAUCUAUUUACAACCGAGCCAUGCUACUUUAUUCAUCAUGACGACACGUGUUCGUAAAUAUUCAAUUGUAUUAUUGUUCCUUGUAAUCGAUGAACAGCGGGCUGACUGAAAUAGUGUUAAAAGAAGAAAAAAGCAGAGGAAAAUGAAAAAUAAUGAAAGAAGAGGAAUGAAAAUGAUAAAAGAGAAACAGAUAAAUAUGUGAUAAGUCAUUGUGAAUUAAAAAGUGUAGUUGACUAAAAAAUAAUAAUAAUAAUGAUAAUUCAAAGGAGAAAAUCCAGUGGAAGUGCUACUCGGUGAAGAAAAUACAGAGAGACGCGUGAAGCUUUUUGGGGGUAAAAGACAAGAAAAAAAUUAAUAAUGGUUAAAAAUAAUACAGAGUACCGAAGGAGCAAAGACUCUGCCUAAUGGAACGGUUCCUCUCUUCUGACUUUAUGUAUGCGUGAAUGUGUGACGAAAGAUUGUUAGCUAAGAGUGCGUGUAUAUAUUUAUACUAUAUAUAUAUUUAUAUAUAUAUGCUAAUAAAUAUAAUAUGCAUAUAUAUAUGGUGUAAAAAAACAAAAGAAAAAAAAGGACGGACAGCAUCGACAACUGUGGUGGCUCUAUCCUCGCAUGACCGCCGUGCAGUCAAGUAUUCCAUGAAUAUUUGACCGCACUUCAUGUUACUUUAUUCAAAUAUUAAUAUUAUUACUUAUAUCAUGAAUAAUAACGAUUAACACACACGUGGAGAGUUGGUUGGUUGUGUUCCUAUUCUGGAGAAACGAUGGGGCUCUUAGCUACAGGAUUAGCUCGGGUUGAAAGAAGAUACAAUUGAUUUCAUGCUCCCAAUGUGAAAAAGAAACAAAUAACAACCCCGACAACCAUUAUCCCUUUCCUUGCGUUGAAGCGUGAGAAAGUCAAGCAUCUCUCAUAUCUGCCGCAUCUUUUUCCUUGGAUGAAUUCACCUCGCCUCAUGUCACUUCACUUCAAUCAAACUCAAACCAACUUGACUCAACUCAACUCACCUCACCCCCCACCUGCCGUCUCUACCCAAAUCUACCGAAGACGAUGAGGGAGGGAUUCCUUCACUCGCUUCGUUAUAGUCAUUUUCGUGCUGAACAGAUUCAUAUAAUCGGGCGUUUAAAUUUUAAAGUAAGCAUCGUAAUUAUAUACCAACCCAAUCAUUAUAGUUUCUUUACUUAUAAUUUGUUUUAUAUAUGUACGUUAUAUAUAGAUAAUUAUGAAAUAGGAGACUAAGUUAUUUUAUCAAGUGCCCUUGCUUUGUAUUAUAGUCGCGUCUGUCGACAAAUCGCAGCUUUUGGGAGUACUAGAGAGAAGAAGAUGAAGAAGUUGUUAAAAUGUUGUAAACUUGUUGGUAAGAUGUAGGCACAGCGGCGAUGUCUCGCUACCAACAUGAUUGUCAAAGUGUGGUCAGAGGAGAAUACAUUACAAGUCUGAACAGUG